AUGAGUUAUGUUCAGUUUGUGUGGGAUGACGACACGCGAACUCAUCUCCUCCCGAUACUACUCGAUAUGAAAAAAUAUAUCGCAUGGAAGAAGCACGAUCUGGAUAGUCCGGCUCUGGCGUGCCCGGCCCCCCUUGUAGCGCUCGCGCCUACUGGCGCAACCGAUUGGCCAGCACUGGCCUCACCACCUUCCAACACACUCCCGGCAGGGAACACGGGGCUCGCUUUUGUCGGUCCAUCGGCAUUUUCCGUGGUGCCUCCUGCACCGACUACGGUUCCACCAGUUGUACCUCGUCCAACUACCACUCCCGUCUUACCUCUGUAUCCGGGCUUAAUGUGUUUACCGGCCUUACUUGAUAAGCUUAGCGGAUCACAAGGAAUCCUACGCUCACAUAUGAGCACAACACCGUUCAAGCCAAUACCUAAUAAUGAAAAGGUGGAUUUGGCAAGGUUUCGAGUCAAAGAUCCUGUCGAAUGGUUGAUUGACGAUGUUGUAUCGUGGAUGUUGGAUGUUGCAAAACGGCACGGAAUCCCCUUCGAAGAAAUGAAUAUGCACAGGUUCGCAAACCUCACUGGCCAACAAAUGAUUGGGAUGACUGAGCAGAAUUUUAUCGAACGAGAUCCUAUCUGGGGACCACUCAUCUACAACGAGUUCCGGAAAAAUCUUGCAGAAGAUACAUCAGUUAUCGAUGAGAUCAUGAAGAAAUAUAAUGCGGAUGAGGAAUCGGUAACGAUAGCUGGAGUUGGGCCAUCAACAUCGUUUGAGAUCCCGAAAACACAUAUCACAGCCGCUAACCCCUCACCUAUCGUUCCACAAUUUCAAACUCUCACACAAACUCUGAACCAGACGUUAAAUCAAACGCUGAAUCAUAGUAUUCAGCUUAAUACGAAUCUGGCACAGAAUUUACAGCAAACGUUGAAUCAAUCGUUGGCAACAAGUCUUGCUGCUGGAUUAUCAACAGGAUUGAGUCCCAUAAAUCUCGGUCUGGUUCACAACGGCUUAAGUCCAAGUUCACCACUACUUGGAGCACAAAUCCAACCGAAACUCUCUCCAUUACCAAGUGAAAUAACAUCAUUCACUAGUACCAGCACCGCCACCGCGUGCUCUGAUUUUGAAGGAUCUGAGGAUUGUGCGGGCACUAGCGACUCGAAGCUGAAGAAAAACAAGGACGGGAAACCGCGGAAACGUUCUCAGCACACGAAAGGGAACAAGUUGUGGGAAUUUAUCCGGGAUGCUUUAAAGGAUCCUCUCACAUGUCCAUCAGUUGUUCGAUGGGAAGAUCCGAUCGAAGGUGUAUUCCGGAUAGUUGAAUCCGAAAAAUUGGCGCGACUAUGGGGCGAACGGAAGAACAACACAAAAAUGACGUACGAGAAGCUGAGCAGAGCAAUGAGAACCUACUACGAGAAACAAAUACUCGUCCCUGUGCCAAAGACUGGUCUUUAUCCCAAGAAACUCGUAAGAACUUCUAUAGGGUAUUACUACAAUACGAAAAUCCUAUUACCCGUGGGCGGUCGUCGCCUCGUCUACAAGUUCGGUCCAUCGGCACGUGGUUGGUCCUCGCACGAACCGAUCCUCUUUGCUAGCUACAACAAUAACAACUAUGCAGCGUACAGCAGUGAUGAGGAAGAAAGGACAAGUGGCGACAACAUGUCAAAUUAUACAACAUUCGACGUAGAAUAUCCCAUUAAGUACCGAGAACUUCCGGUUUAG